AUGAACCAUUUCCCUGAAGCAUGGGGUCGACCUAGAGACGAUGUUUAUGGCCCUUACGAUGCAUCCUACCUUCAGACAUCCGGUCCUAAGACUCACACUCAAUCGCCCGUCGUGACUGGCACUUCAGUAGUAGCGGUCAAGUUCAACGGAGGAGUUGCGAUUGCUGCUGAUAAUCUGGCAUCGUAUGGCUCCCUUGCUCGUUUCUCCAAUGUCAAACGUCUCCGCGUAUUUGGCGAGUCCGCCGUGAUCGGUUUCAGUGGUGAUGUGUCUGAUAUGCAAUAUAUCGAUCGCCUUUUGGAGUCCAUCGACAUCAGAGAAAACUACUCGACUCAUGGCAAUAUGCUGAAUGCAAAGAAUCUCCAUACCUACCUAUCCAAGGUCUUCUACAAACGUCGCUCCGAAUUCAACCCCCUUUGGAAUCAGGUCCUUGUUGCUGGAUUCGACGGCGACGAACAACCUUUUCUGAGCUCUGCAGAUCUGUUAGGAACAACAUUUUCAGCCCCUCACUUGGCCACCGGGUUUGGUGCUCAUCUUGCAGUCCCAAUCCUUCGUCGUUUGUUUCCUGAGGAACGGCCUAUCGAGGAAAUCACCAAAGAAGAGGCGGUAGAUGCACUCAGAGAAUGUCUCAAGGUCUUGUGGUACAGAGACGCUCGGAGUCUGGAUAAAUUUUCAUUGGCAGUGAUCAGCAAAGACGGCGUGGAGUUGCACGAGGACCAGAAGAUUGAGAAUCAAAGCUGGGCGUUUGCCGAGACCAUCAGAGGAUACGGAGCCCAGGUUAAUUAG